CCCCACCCAAACUGUUUAAAAAGUUCCCACUGAGAUUUAUCUCAACAGACAGAGAGAGUUCAACUCAGCUGCUGUGAACACUACUCUGGACGAUGAUGAAGCAGGUAACAUUAUUUGCAGCUCUCCUGGUUCUUGCAGCCUCAGUUCGCUGUGAUCCUGAGUUUUAUCUACCCAUCGACUGUGAUGACAUCUAUCGCCAUGACAACUCCACUCCCAGUGGGGUGUACACCAUCUACCCGGGAGGUCCCAUCUCACCCCUGAAGGUCUACUGUGACAUGGAAACCGACGGAGGCAGAUGGACUGUGAUACAGAGGAGGCUCGAUGGAACUGAAAACUUCUUUAGGCCCUGGAGCCACUAUAACACUGGAUUCGGGAAUGUGGCUGGAGAAUAUUGGCUUGGCCUGGAAAACAUCUUUCUGCUCACUGUGAGGAAGAAGAACGAGCUGCGGUUUGACAUGGAGGACUUCGAGGGAGGGAAGGCGUCCGCCCAGUACUCCUCCUUCUCAGUUGAUACAGAGAGCGCUGGAUAUCAGCUUCACCUUGGCAGCUUCAGCGGCGGAGCAGCAGGUGAUAGUUUGUCAGACCACAACAACAUGAAGUUCACCACUUUUGACAAAGACCAGGACCAGUGGGAUAACAACUGCGCUCAGCAUUAUCUGGGUGGAUUCUGGUACAGUGCCUGCCACAAUGUUAAUAUCAAUGGCAUGUACGCACCUCAUAGUGCUGUAGGUCAUGCAAACGUCCAGAUCAUUUGGAGAAAUUGGAAGGGCAUGAGCUACUCCCUCAAGAAAGUCGCUAUGAAGAUCAGAUCAAUUGCUAAGUGCACAUGCAUACAUUAACCUGAUUAACUGUAUUUUAAAUUGAUUGUGGUAAUGCUUCAUCCUCCAUCAGUUUUUCCUAUAGGUCUUAAGUAUUAUUUUUGUUGUUCUGUGCUGACCUGUGUGUUUAGCACGGACCAUAGUUACAAUAUACAGUACAUGAUCAGACAUGGUCAGACUAAAUAGUCGUUGUACCAUGUUUUAAACAGACAAGGUGGUAAUUAGUGAGAUUUAAAGGUAUUAGAGCAAGGCUAGUCAUUUCCCCUUGCUUCCAUUCAUUAUGCUAAGCUAACCACAUCCUUACUUACAUACUUAAAGGAAUAGCAAUUAUUUCAAUCUUCUCUUUUUUUUUCUGUCUGAACACGACAAUUAUAACCAAACACUCGUCCACUUGUGGCCAAUAAAGUGAAGGAUAACUCAUCUGACCAUAUCACUUUUUCUGUAGAUCAGUCGUUAUUAUUGAUUGUUGAUUGACUUCUCAAAUGUGAUGCAGUCAACUUUGUAAUGAGGAGUUUAUGCACUGUAGACACCUUACUAUAGUAUCCACUCUGUGUAAUUGUCCACAGACUCUGUACAUCAGAAAAACUUUGACUUUAUUCACAUAACAGGCCUGAAUCCUUGACCCCUACAGUGAGGCUAUCUGGUGGCUUUGUUAUGCUGUAGGGGCAGUUUGCUGCCAUGGUUUGGGUUCACUUGCCUCCUUGGAGAAAAUGGUCACUGCAAAUCAGUACAAAGAUGUCCUGAAUGAUCGCCUUUAUCCAGUAUGACAAUGUCCCCAUCCAUAACACGCGAGGGGUCACUGAAUGGUUCGAUGAAAAUGAUCUUAAUCAGAUGCCUUGGAUCACAGUCACCAGAUCUUAACACAAGUAUAUGUCAGAUUUUUUAUUUGAUUUGAUUUUUGAUUUUUGAUAGACAGCACUCUCUACCAUCAUCAAAACACCAUAAUGAGGAAAUAUCUUGUUAUGAUAAAUAAUGAUGUUCAUCCCUCCAGUAGAGUUCACAGACUUGUAGGCUCAAUGCCAAGGAGCACUGAAGCUGUUCUGAUAGCAUGUGGUGGCCCAACACCUUACUAUUACAUUUAUUUUUACACCUUACUUCUGUGUGUUCAUUGUAGUUUUGUGUGUUAACAUUGUUUCUUUUCUUUUUUCUGAUAUUGGUGCACACUUUAUUUGAAAUUUUGUAUAUAAACAUGGAGUAUCUGAAAAAUUGUAAGUGUUGUCGUGUUCGUUAUUUUGGGAAAGGACAUUAAAGCAAGAGCUGUC